UAUAAAUUGUACUCUUGCUCCUGGCUCAUCUUCAUUCUGUGUAAGUCCAUCCGAAUGAUAUUGUGCCGUGGCGUGAUUGUGAUAAGUUAAUUGUGAAUUUUAGCGCUCAAAGAAGCGUCUUGGUCAGGAGGAAAAGUCUAAAAUAGAAAUUGUGUUUGAAAAGUGCAUCUAUUGACUAAUAUUUACCCUUUAAGAUAAGCUAAUCCCCAGUAAUGGAACAUCGAACGAAAAUUGCAUCUCAGCGAAGUAGUACUGAUUGGACGAUUCCUGGCCAGAACAUAAACCGUGGUAUAGCAGCCAAGGUUUAUCCCAAACAGCGAUAUUCCCCAUACUAUGGAAAGACUCCAAAUGUCCCUGUGACUCAGCAUCAGGUCUCCCUGGCACCUGCAAGAAGUGGACUUGAUGCUGGAAAUCGAAACCUGAGCUUCAUAGCUGAACCUGACGAUAAAUCUCAAGCAGUUACUCUUCAAAUCAGCAAUCUGGACUCAUCGUUCAGCGAAACAACGCUGUGGAACAAUCUCAUUUCAAUGCUGAAGCCAAUAACUCCAGUGAUAUCGCUUAAAUUUGAUUCUCACUCCUGUGCUAAGGUCACAGUACCUUCGGACAAUUUUGCCAAAUCUGUUAUAUCACAUUUGCACCGGAAGAAGGUUGGACACAAGAGAAUCCUUGUGUCCUACAACAGAGAUGUCUCAUCCCAUGAGUACUCUACUCUAUGCUGCCAGGUUGGUUGCCUGCUCAAGGAUAUUCCCAAUCAUUCUGUACCCCUGUCUAAGUUCAGAGAACUCUUCCAAUCCCGCUUUAAGAUCACCAUCAAUCAGCUGGAGCUGUAUAAGAUGAAGGAUCUCUGCACGAUCUCUUUCAAUGAGAAUGGCGAUAAGUGCAUCACUUUGAAUUCAAAUUAUGUGCACAAUCUUACUGACAAUCCUCUGAUGAAUACCAGUCUUCAGCACAGUGUGCCCUACUGUAGGAUUCACUUCCAGCAGGAGCAGUUCAAGGGAUGGGCAGAGAUGGAGAUUGAACCUCUGCCCAGUGUAAUGCUAACUCUCAGUCAAAUUAGGCUUAUUGUACAAUCACUGCUGAAGAGUCAUCAGGGUGACAUUCCCAUCUCUUCUCUGAUCUACUGCAUCAAGUGCACCGUGGACUUCCCGAUCUAUCCCAAUGAGAAUGGCGUGAACUUUGAGCACUUGAUCUGUUGCAUUCCUGGCAAUCAGAUUUGCAGCAAUGCCUUUGGGAUCCGUAUUCUCACCUGGCAGGACACUAAUGAGUCUAGCACCGAGACUUUACCACCAGUGGCAACAAAUCCUCUCCAUCAGAUCUCUAAGGAAGUCAUUGAGUUGCUCAAAGUCAACCCAAAAGCCACCAUUCAGUUCAACAAGUUCAUUCCGGCGUAUCACAAUCACUUCGGGAAACAAUGUCGUGUGGCUGAUUAUGGCUAUACCAGGCUCAUUGAUCUCUUCGAGGCUCUAUCUAGUGUUGUUCAGGUGAUGGGCGAAGGGGAAAAUCGCUUGAUCACUCUUACCCAUCGCACGCAAAUCCGUCGUUUCACUGCCGAUCUCUACAAGGUACUAAGAGGACAAGUGAACAAAUCCCUAUUGCUAUCGCAACUCCCUGAGAUCUUCAGUCAAACCCAGAAUCGACCCUUCGACAUCACGGAUUACGGAGUAUGCUGCAUCACAGAUAUCCUCGAUGGAUUGAUGUCCAACAACACAGUGGUCAUUCAGAACAUUCCCGAAACGGGAGAUAUGCUCAUAUCCAUCCCGAAAAGGAAGCAAACCCAAACGGAAAUCGAGAAUACUUGUGUCUUUGCGGGGGAAAUUGUUGAGUUAUGUAGAAAUGCAUCACAGUAUUCGAUCUUGUUCCAUAAAUUGGUCCGCUACUACCACUAUCACUUUGGCUUCCAAUGUCGCCUCAGUGACUACGGUUGCCUAAAGCUAGCAGAUCUCCUGGAGACCAUAACUGGGAUCAUUGAGUUGGAAUUCAACAGUUAUGAACAGAAGAGGAUAUUUUUGGCGCCAAAAGUAGCUCAGCGGGUCUUUGUGGAGCAAAUGCACCAGAUUCUUCAAUCGUGCACAGGAAAUGCAUCCAACCCGGUGCAACUCAACACCCUGCUGCGAUACCACAAAAAUCAAUUUGGCUAUCAGAUACUACCACAAACCCUUGGAUUCACCUCAAUGGAGGAUGCAAUGCAGAAUCUUCCGUACGUGGAAGUGAUCUUCAAGCAAGGACUUACCUGGGUACUUUGUCACUACAACAGUGCUGCUUUCAAUGGUCUUUGCUACAAGGUCUGCUCCAUCUUCAUUGAGUCCUUCACCGAUCGGAUGCCCUUUACAAAUUUCAAGAAAUUACUGCAGGAUCAGAGCAUUCCAGUGGGGGAUUCGAAGGUCCUUGCUAUGCGUCAUGUUUUGGAAAUAACGGUGAUGCAUGGGUUAAAAAUGGUUGUUCUGACUCCAGCCAUAAAGUUCUUAUUCUCUGUGAUUGAUGUCCUGAGCAAGACAUUCUGCCUGAGUGUCGUGAACCUCAAAGCAAUGCUGAAUCUCAACAUAAGUAGCUGCUUCCAAUUUGGGUACCCAAAUCUCUCUACCAUGCUCAUGGCCUAUCCGGACAUCUUUGUUUUCUCUCCAUCCACAAAUAUUUGUGAUCGUUCCACUGUGAAACUCAAUGAGAAUUUUGUCCUGCUGAAGUACAACAUCGGGGAAUAUCUCAGUUCGAUCAAGAAUGAUCCUAUUCCACAGCCAAUCGCCCAGAAGGAAGUGACAUACACCGUUCAGCCGAAGACACAAUGCAGAAUACCUCCUCCACCUGGUCUGGGUUUUCCAUCAAAUCCCAGACCUUGCAGCUUCUCUGAUACCGCAGCAUUUGAUUCAUUCGAGUGCUUCACUUCGACUCCUUAUCAACAGUCAUCUGCAACGAGUAGUCAGGAAUUUCAUCCGAAACUCUACGAACGGCGCAAUGCACAGGUUCCUGACACUCUCACAUAUGGCAUCAAUUCUAUCAGCCAUUUGGCAUCGCUGUUCUAUGAACCACCAAAGCCAGACACUCCAUCAACCAACAACAACAUGCCUUACUGGGUUGAUCCCGUGUGGCGCUACCAGAUCACUCCGCCCGUUGAAUGCGUCAAUAUCCAACUUCCGGAACUCAGUACUCUAAAUGUCUUCCCAAUUGUUGUAUCUCCCUUCAACAUUCAAAGUAAAUUCCAGUUUGAUUCCCAGUCAGGCCAUUCCAAUCCGAAAGUUCCCAAUUCUUUAAGUGCCGAAGAUCACUCCAAAAAUUAAUUAGUCAGCCAGAACGAAACGCAUGAGAUUUGCAUGUAUCGCUUACUUAAUUCAUUUGCAUGCCCCUUGAGCAAUAAAAAACCAAUUAUCGCCCAAA